AUGUCGGAAUCUGAAGACGGGAAAGGUGAGAGCAGACAUUUACCCCUCCUGUAGACCCUUGGAGCCAGCAUUGUGGAGUGGAAGCCUUUUGACAUCCUCAUCCUGCUGACCAUCUUUGCCAACUGGGUGGCCCUGAGGGUAUACAUCCCCUUCCCUGAGGACGACUCCAACACUGCCAACCACAAUUUGGAGCAGAUGGAAUAUGUAUUCUUGGUGAUUUUCACCGUGGAGACAGUGCUCAAGAUCGUGGCAUACGGGCUGGUACUCCACCCUAGCGCCUACAUCCGCAAUGGCUGGAACCUACUUGACUUCAUCAUCGUCGUGGUCUGGCUGUUUAGCGUGCUGCUGGAGCAAGGACCUGGGCAGCCAGGUGAUGCCCCGCAUACUGGAGGAAAGCCGGGGGGCUUCGAUGUGAAGGCAUUACGGGCGUUUAGGGUGCUGCGGCCACUGAGGCUGGUAUCUGGAGUCCCGAGCCUGCACAUAGUGCUCAAUUCCAUCAUGAAGGCGCUAGUACCGCUGCUGCACAUUGUGCCGCUAGUCCUCUUCGUCAUUAUCAUCUAUGCCAUCAUCGGACUCGAGCUGUUCCUCGGACGCAUGCACAAGACGUGCUACUUCCUGGGAUCAGGUAUGGAGGCGGAGGAGGAUCCAUCCCCUUGUGCUUCUUCUGGCUCUGGGCGUUCAUGCACACUGAACCAGACUGAGUGCUGAGGGCACUGGCCAGGGCCCAAUAGUGGCAUCACCAACUUCGACAAUUUUUUCUUUGCCAUGCUGACAGUCUUCCAGUGUAUUACCAUGGAAGGUUGGACAGAUGUCCUCUACUGGAUGCAGGAUGCCAUGGGGUAUGAGCUACCCUGGGUAUACUUCGUGAGCCUCAUCAUCUUUGGGUCCUUCUUUGUCCUCAACCUUGUGCUUGGUGUCCUGAGUGGGGAGUUCUCCAAGGAAAGAGAGAAGGCAAAAGCACGAGGUGACUUUCAGAAGCUUCGGGAGAAGCAGCAGAUGGAGGAGGAACUGCAUGGCUACCUGGACUGGAUUACACAGGCUGAAGAGCUAGACUUUGAUGACCCAACAGCAGAUGGCAACUUGGGUUCUCUAGCUGAAGAGGACAGGGCCGGCCAUCGGCCCCAGCUGGCUGAGCUGACCAAUAGGAGGUGCGGACGCCUGCACUGGUUCAGUCACUCCACUUGCUCCACACACUCCACCAGCAGCCAUGCUAGCCUCCCAGCCAGUGAUACAGGCUCCAUGGUGGAUACCCCAGGCAAUGAGGAUGAAGAGGAGGGGGCUCUGGCUGGCUGUACACACUGCCUAAACAAGAUCAUGAAAACUAAGAUCUGCCAUCACCUCCACCAAGCCAACCAAUGUCUCCAAGCUGGCUGCCGACGGGCUGUGAAGUCCAACGCCUGUUACUGGGCUGUGCUGCUGCUCGUCUUCCUCAACACACUGACCAUUGCCUCUGAGCACCAUGGGCAGCCUGUAUGGCUCACUCAGACCCAGGAGUACGCCAACAAAGUGCUGCUCUGUCUCUUCAAGGUGGAGAUGCUUCUCAAACUGUAUGGUCUGGGCCCCUCUGCCUAUGUCGCCUCUUUCUUCAACUGUUUUGACUGCUUUGUGGUCUGUGGGGGCAUCCUAGAAACCACUUUGGUGGAAGUGGGUGUCAUGCAACCCCUUGGCAUCUCAGUGCUCAGAUGUGUGCGCCUCCUCAGGAUCUUCAAGAUCACUAGACACUGGGCAUCUCUGAGCAAUCUGGUGGAAUCCCUGCUCAAUUCCAUGAAGUCCAUCACAUCCUUGCUGCUCCUCCUCUUCCUCUUUAUCAUCAUUUUUUCCCUGCUUAGCAUGCAGCUUUUUGGGGGCAAGUUCAAUUUUGACCAGACCCACACUAAGCGAAGCACCUUUGACACAUUCCCCCAAGCCCUCCUCACUGUCUUUCAGACCCUGACAGGUGAGGAUUGGAACGUGGUCAUGUAUGAUGGCAUCAUGGCUUAUGGAGGCCCCUUCUUCCCAGGGAUGCUGGUGUGUGUCUAUUUCAUCAUCCUCUUCAUCUGCUGCAACUACAUCCUGUUGAACGUCUUUCUUGCCAUUGCUGUGGAUAACCUGGCCAGCAGAGAUGCAGGCACUGCCAAGAACAAGGGCAGAGAGAAGAGCAGAGAAGGAAACCCUCUACAGGAAAAUGGAGUGUUGGUACCUGGUAGAGAGAAUGAGGAAGUGGAGGGUGUAAAGAGUGAAGGAGCAGGCAAGUAGGCGGAGGAAGAGGAGGAAGAGGAAGAAGAGGAUGAGGAGGAAGGUGGAGCAGGGCGUGUGGAACUCUUACAGGAAGUUGUACCCAAGGAGAAAGUGGUUCCCAUCCCUGAGGGAAGUGCCUUCUUCUGCCUCAGCCAAACCAACUCGAUUCGGAAGGCCUGCCACACUCUCAUUCAUCAUCAAAUCUUCACCAGUCUCAUCCUGGUGUUCAUCAUCCUUAGUAGCGUGUCCCUGGCUGCUGAGGACCCCAUUCGAGCCCACUCCUUCCGCAACCAUAUUCUAGGGUACUUCGAUUAUGCCUUCACCUCCAUUUUCACUGUGUAGAUUCUACUUAAGAUGACAGUGUUUGAGGCCUUCCUGCACCGUGGCUCCUUCUGCUGUAGCUGGUUCAAUCUGUUGGAUCUGAUUGUAGUCAGUGUGUCCCUCAUCUCCUUUCGCAUCCACUCCAGGACCAUCUCAGUGGUGAAGAUUCUCCAAGUACUCAGAGUUCUACGGCCCCUCAGAGCCAUCAACAGGGCCAAGGGACUCAAGCAUGUGGUGCAGUGUGUGUUCAUGGCGAUCCGGACCAUCGGAAACAUCAUGAUCGUCACCAUCCUCCUGCAGUUUAUGUUCGCCUGCAUCGGUGUGCAGCUCUUCAAGGGGAAAUUCUACAGUUGCACUGAUGAGGCCAAACACACCCCAAAAGAAUGCAAGGGUUCCUUCCUCAUCUACCUUGAUGGAGAUGUGUUGCGGCCCUUGGUCCGGGAGCGGCUCUGGGUCAACAGUGAUUUCAGCUUUGACAAUGUUCUUUCAGCCAUGAUGGCCCUGUUCACUGUUUCCACCUUUGAAGGCUGGCCUGCGCUGCUAUACAAGGCUGAUGCACAUGCAGAAGAUGAGGGCCCUAUCUACAAUUACCAUGUGGAAAUCUCUGUGUUCUUCAUUGUCUACAUCAUUAUCAUUGCUUUCUUCAUGAUGAACAUCUUUGUGGGCUUUGUUAUCAUCACCUUUCAUGCCCAAGGAGAGCAAGAGUACCAAAACUGUGAACUGGACAAAAACCAGCGUCAGUGUGUGGAAUACGCUCUCAAAGCCCAGCCACUAUGUCGAUACAUCCCCAAGAAUCCACAUCAGUAUCGUGUGUGGGCCACUGUGAACUCUGCCACCUUUGAGUACCUCAUGUUUCUGCUCCUCCUGCUCAACACAGUUGCCCUAGCCAUGCAGCACUAUGAGCAGACUGCUCCCUUUAACUAUGCCAUGGAUAUCCUCAAUAUGGUUUUCACUGGCCUCUUCACUAUUGAGAUGGUGCUCAAAAUCAUUGCAUUCAAACCUAAGCAUUACUUUGCCGAUGCCUGGAACACAUUUGAUGCUCUUAUUGUGGUGGGCAGCGUAGUAGACAUUGCCAUAACAGAAGUCAAUAAUGGAGGCCAUCUUGGAGAGAGUUCAGAGGACAGCUCCCGAAUAUCUAUCACCUUCUUUCGCCUCUUCCAAGUCAUGAGGCUGGUCAAGCUCCUCAGUAAGGGUGAAAGAAUCCGAACAUUGCUGUGGACAUUGAUCAAAUCUUUCCAGGCCUUUCCCUAUGUGGCUCUUCUCAUAGCAAUGAUAUUCUUCAUCUAUGCAGUCAUAGGCAUGCAGAUGUUUGGCAAGGUGGCUCUUCAAGAUGGCACACAGAUCAACUGAAACAACAAUUUCCAGACCUUUCCACAGGCUGUGCUGCUUCUGUUCAGGUGUGCCACAGGUGAGGUAUGGCAAGAGAUAACGCUUGCCAGCCUUCCUGGAAAUCGGUGUAACCCUGAAUCUGACGUUGGACCGGGUGAGGAAUUUACCUGUGGUAGUAAUUUUGCCAUUGCUUAUUUUAUCAGCUUCUUCAUGCUCUGCGCCUUCCUGAUCAUAAAUCUCUUUGUGGCUGUGAUCAUGGAUAACUUUGAUUAUCUAACCAGAGAUUGGUCCAUCCUAGGCCCCCAUCACCUUGAUGAAUUCAAGAGGAUCUGGUCUGAAUAUGAUCCUCGAGCCAAGGGCCACAUCAAGCACCUGGAUGUAGUUGCCCUGCUGAGAUACAUCCAGCCCCCACUGGGAUUUGGAAAGCUGUGCCCACACAGAGUGGCCUGCAAGAGACUUGUGGCAAUGAACGUGCCCCUCAACUCAGAUGGAACAGUGACAUUCAAUGCCACACUCUUUGGCCUGGUGCAGACAUCCCUGAAGAUCAAGACAGAAGGGAACCUGAAGCAAGCCAAGCAGGAGCUGUGAAUAGUCAUCAAAAAGAUCUGGAAGAGGAUAAAGCAGAAUUUGUUGGAUGAGGUCAUCCCUCCUCCAGAUGAGGAAGAGGUCACCGUGGGCAAAUUCUAUGCUACAUUCCUUAUCCAAGAUUAUUUCUGUAAAUUCCGGAGGAGAAAAAAAGGGCUACUAGGAACAGAGGCCCCAACAAGCACAUCCUCUAUCCUUCAGGCUGGUCUGAGGAGCCUACAGGACCUGGGUCCUGAGAUCCGGCAGGCCCUCACCUAUGACACUGAAGAGGAAGAAGAGGAAGAGGCAGCGGGUGAGAAGAGUGAGGAGGAGGAAGCUGAGAAGGACCCAGAAACAUACAAAGCCUCCAUGGACAACCAGUCCCAGUCCCAGUCUCUGUGAUGCUCCAGGAUUUCAGUGUCUCUGCCUGUUAAGGAAAAACUCCCAGAUUUGCUCUCACCUGGGCCCAGUGAUGAUGAUGGUGGGGCUCCCAACCCCAAGCAGCCUAGUGCGCUCCCGGCUGGAUCCCACACCCAUAGGAGAAGUUCUGGGGUUCUCAUGUUUACUAUCCCAGAAGAAGGACCCAAGGGGACUCAAGGGCAAGACAAUCAGAAUGAAGAAGAGGAAGUCUCUGACUGGCUCCCAUACCUGGAUGAUCCGAGAGAGAUUUCCUCCAACCCAGGCCUUUUGCCACCCCACUGGCUGCAGAGACAAUUAAAUAGGCACUGUAUACCACAAUGACGUUUGCUGCCCCCCACACCUACAGGUCAGAAGCCCUCCUUCACCAUCCAGUGUCUGCAAGACAAUUGUGAAGACUUGCCCAUCCCAGGCACCUAUCAUCACAGGCGGAACUCAGGACCUGGCAGGGCUCAGGGUUCCUGGGUAACUCCUCCUCAGAGGGGUCGGCUACUAUAUGCCCCCCUGUUAUUGGUGGAUGAGGCUGCAGUGGGAGAGGGGCGCCUUGGCAAAACCAGUGCACCACUGCCCACCUUCACCUGUCUGCAAGUGCCCGGAGCUCACUUGAAUUCCGGUCACGGCAAGAGGGCCAGUGCCGACAGUUUGGUGGAAGCUGUGCUCAUCUCUGAGGGCCUAGGCCUCUUUGCCCGAGACCCACGCUUCGUGGCCCUGGCCAAGCAGGAGAUUGCAGAUGCCUGUCGCCUGACACUCAAUAAGAUAGACAGUGCUGCCGGUGACCUGCUGGCACAGGGAACCACCUCACUCUAUAGCGAUGAGGAGUCCAUCCUCUCCCACUUUGAUGAAGAGGACCUGGGAGACGAGAUGGUCUGUGUCCAUGCCCUGUGA